ACACACUUAGAUAAUGUAAUAAUAUAUAACAGUAAUAUAAAGUAAUACAUGAAUAUAACGAUUUUGGCCGGCCGUCCGUAAUGCGGUUGAUAGUGUUUUGUUUCGUUUUGGUUUUGGUGAAGAGCAGCCAAGCAAUGAUACCGGCUUACUCCGUGUCCGCGCUAAGGCUGGCGUUCGACGAGAUCGCUGCCAUCCUGCCCAUCGCCAACCAGCUCGCCUGCCUCCUCAUCCCCUUCCUCAUCAACCUCAUCAACAACCUCAACAACCUGUCCAACAUCGUCCAGAACCUCACCCCGGCACUGCUGCCCUACUUCGGCUGCACUCUGCCCCUGCUGUACGCGACCUUGACGGACUUAGCUUCAGUUCUCUUUCUCUACAUCAGCGUUCUCAUUUCUCUCUUCCGCUCGAAUGUCCUGGCGGCCCCUGGCCUCCUCUCCGGCCUGGUCUCCGAUGUCUUGAACCUGGUGCUCAACCUGCUGACGGGUCUGUCGGACGGUACUGGUCUCUUGACGGGCCUGAUCAAGCUGAUCACGAAUAUCCUGGUGGAAUUGGAAAAGUUGCUAAUUUAAGUGAAUAUUUAUAAAUAAACUUGUUUUAAGUG